AUGAGUCCCGAGGAGUCCCACCAGCCAGUCGAAGAAACGACAUUCGACCUGCCUAAGAAGGACGCCUUCAAGUACCAGUGGUCUCGAUACAUAUCUCGUGAGCUCUACUAUGAAGGCGUUCAAAGAGUAGAAAGAAAGUGUUUUGGUGAGGAUGCUCCUAAACAUGCGACGCUCCAGAAAAGGAUCGCAGUUAUCUCUGGAGCAGUCAAGGAAAAGCGGGAUAUUGGGCUCACUCCACCGCGACAUGGCCAUUUCAAAGUCGGCAUAGUUGGUGCAGGAGCCGCUGGUCUCUUCACUGCUCUUGCCCUUGAUUGGAUCAACGACACAAUUGAACGAUACAAAGGCGCUGGAAAGCUCAAGAUUGAGUAUGAGAUCUUGGAGGCAGCCAGCAAAGAUCGAUUUGGCGGCCGCCUGUUUACGCACCACUUCAGCAAAGACGGCACCCAUGACUACUACGACGUUGGAGCCAUGCGAUUUCCAGACAACGAAGUGAUGAGCAGAUCUUUUCGUCUCUUUGACUAUCUCGACAUUAAAAAAGGCGCCCUGGGUGAGCGCACGAGUGUGAAGGACUGGCCAGUCUUGAUUCCUUACUACCUGAGUGACGAGGACAAAGUGUGCCCUUCAUACUUCAACAACAUCCAGAAGACUGGUAUCCCAUGGGAUAACGAACUUGAUGUUGAUCCGUUUGAGUUGAAUGAAGGUGUUCCCGUGGACAAGAGAAUCCCAGCCGAGUUGACCAACAAGAACCCGAGCGACCUGUAUGAUGCAGCGCUCAAGCCCUUUGUGGAUCUCGUUAAAAAGUAUUUUGACGAGAAGACCACGCCCUGUGGCAAAAAGAAGCUCUGGGCUCUGCUUAAGAAGGGCGACCAGAUGAGUGUGCGGCAGUAUCUGCUCUCCGGCACCGGAUGGUACGACCAGGGUCUGACGGAGGCCGCCUUGGAGAUCUUGGACUUCGAGGUUCCUGAAACGAAGCCAGGUCUAAGACCUCAAAACCACUAUUGGUGGUGUGUUGACGGAGGCGCGCAGACGAUCGCCGAGACAAUGCGCAAGACGAUGAAAGAUCCGUCAGUCAUCAAAUACAACACCCAGGUCGUUGGAAUGGAUGCCAACAUCCAACUGGAAAAGCGAAUCAAGAAGAACAUGCACCUGAAUCUCAAGGACACUGUCACUGGGGAGACCUUGGAGUCAAAGAGCUAUUUCGCGGUGUUCAAUUCAGCAACGUUGGGUGCCACCAAUCGGAUGGACCUCUCAAACGCUGGUUUGCUAUGGGACACAAAGCAGGCGAUUCGGUGUCUGAACUACGGCGCCUCCUGCAAAGUUGGCAUCAAGUUUAGAACGCCGUGGUGGCGCAAAGAGCCUUUCAAUAUCACCAGAGGCGGGCUAGGUCGCACCGAUCUACCCCUGCAGGUUUGCGUAUACCCGUCAUACAAUAUUGACAAUGACCUGGAUCCGCUCGACAAGCCAGCUGUUUUGCUAGUCUCCUACACAUGGGGCCAGACAGCACAGCGUCUUGCCACUCUUAUCGCCUCGAAAUCUCGAACCAAAAGCAACGAGCAGAUUCUUGAAGAGGAAGUUGAACUCAAGAACUUGCUUCUUCGAGAUCUUGCGUACUUGCAUACGAAAGCGCCAGACGACCCGAGAGAAGAGAGAAAGAAGUUCAAGAAGACCCUGGAUCUCAUAAGUGGCGAGUAUCUUGAGCACCAUGCCUAUGACUGGUAUCACGAUCCACACAUGGCCGGCGCAUUUGCUUACUUCGGCCCAUGCCAAUUCAGUGAGCUUUAUCCAGCCAUCACGAGACCGAAUGCCUUAGGACAGCUUUACUUCGUCGGAGAAGCAGCCUCCGCACACCAUGCCUGGGUUGUGGGUGCUCUGGAAAGCGUCGUCCGGGCACUCUGGUCUAUGUUCAAUAUCCUUCACCAGUCCAGUCAAGACGCCGGGAAAGCCUACCAGCCUUAUAGCUGGGCUAUGCAGCUUCUUGAACGUGGCUGUUUUGAAGACAAUGAAGAUCCGGGCUACAACGCGAAUGACUACAAGACGAAGACCUUCUAUCCCUCAGCUAAGCCUGAGCCUUCGCCUUUCUUUCCUUUGCCAGUCGAAAUACCUCUCCGCGUGGAUGAAGAGACCCAUGGGCAAAAUGCGCGCUGUCCAGAUGGCAAGGAAUUGUUGGAUCAUAUCGACGCUGAGAAACCUCCCAUGUUUGGUGCGGCUUGUGCCAACCUGGCCCUGCUGGAAUAUGCCUUGGACAAUUGGGCCGGCCCAGGCAAAUUGAGAAAGCCGGCCAAGUUAAACCCAGGAAAUCUGGUCGAUUGGACACCAGAAGAUGUCAAUAAAUAA